AUGCCUUCACACUUAAGGAAUCAAGUCUCCUUUGAACCAAUUCCGGUCCACGCUACUUACCACAACUUCUCCACCUUGACUUCAUCACCGAGACAGAAGAUGUCUUUGACUCAGACUUACUACAUCGCCUCCUCCGCGAGGUCGAAGCUGGGCCGAGAAGCCAGCCGAGCCGAUCACAACCUCCGACUUUUGGUCGGCCACGCCAACUUGCUCGACAGCCUCAUGGUGGAUCUCGCCGACGCUGAGCGAGAACAAGAGGCAUGGUUCAACCAGUCCGUCCGCAAAGCAUCCAAGCCAGAGCCUUCUCGAGUUGCGCAGUGGACUUCCGCCAUCGAGGAGCUCGAGGAGGAGUCAGAUGACGACUCAGACCUUGAGUCCGAAGAUGGUUACGACACUUACGAAGAUGAUGUCAUGGUUGAAUUACCACAGCCCAAGGCUCUUCCAUCACCCAUUGAGAUCACAGCCGCGGAGGUAACCGCCAGCGAAGAGCUCGACGAGGAUGAGGACGAAUACGACGGCGACCUCGCACUCACACGCGUCAUCUCACGACACUCACCACCCGAACUCACCUCCGACUCAGACGAAUCCGAAUCCGACGAAGAGUCAAUGCCAUCGUCGCCCGAACAAUCAACAUACGAUCUCACGGAAAAACAAAGACGGAUGAUCACCACCAGCAGCUUCUACGAAAUGCAAGACGCGGUGAUGCAACAGGCAUCAAAUCAUCCUCUGAUCGCUGCUUGCUGA